CGUCUCAUUCGUGUAAAAAUUAUACUACAGUGCAGACGCGUCUAAAUUCUAAAACUACUAAGUUUGACUCUAGUUAUUACAAUCAUUCCACGCAUAAACAAAUAAACUACGUGCCUUGUGCAAUCUUUUAUACUGUAACCACAACUGAAAAAUCAAUUAAAUAAAAAUGGCUGGAGGCAAAGCGGGCAAAGACUCUGGUAAAGCCAAAGCGAAAGCGGUUUCUCGCUCAGCGCGCGCGGGCCUUCAGUUUCCCGUUGGUCGUAUUCAUCGCCAUCUAAAGAGCCGCACCACAUCUCACGGACGAGUUGGUGCAACCGCUGCCGUCUACUCUGCAGCCAUUUUGGAAUACCUAACUGCCGAGGUACUGGAAUUGGCAGGCAAUGCAUCGAAAGAUCUGAAAGUGAAGCGUAUCACGCCGCGUCAUUUGCAGCUGGCCAUUCGUGGAGACGAGGAGCUCGACAGUCUGAUUAAAGCAACCAUUGCCGGUGGCGGCGUCAUUCCGCACAUACACAAGUCGCUUAUUGGCAAGAAAGAGGACUCUGUGCAGGAUCCGCAGCGAAAGGGCAAUGUCAUUCUGUCGCAAGCCUAUUAAUAUAUAUAUAUUCUACCUUUUGACCAUUUCGGAAUACAAUUAAUUCACAUCUAUGUUUAAAAAUAAAUUACAAUACUAACUGACGCGUUGUAACAUUUCUGUGCGAAGCUGCAAGGUCCAAGCAUAAUUUCUAAUUUACAACAAUUUCAAACUAAACCAACUUCUAUCAUCAAUAGGCAACACAAGCAAACAUUUAACAUACAUACACACACAAUCACUUUUACACACACUCACACGCCUACACACACACACUCACAAAACAAAUGUAAACUUAAUUGUCAAGUAAAAUGCAAUGUUGAAUGAGAAAUGAGGUUUAAGCAAAUGCAAAACUUAAUUUAGAGCAAAGUAAAUUACACAAAUAAAUUUAAUGAAACUUUAAAUACAAAAUAAAAACAUCGAAAUGCCCAAAUUGUUAUUGGAACAUUUAUUAGACAAUUAUUUGUUGAAAUAAACUUUGUGCACAAAAUAGUAAAA